AUGGCUUUGCCAAAGAUCGCCUGUAUCGGCGUCAUUGGGAAAGCUGAUAAUCCACUCCACGUGUCGCUCUUCCCCCCUUAUCUGGAGUCCACUAUUGAGUUCUCCUUCAUAUUGAACUCCUGCCUUGAUAUCUUUGAAAUACGCCGUAAACAGACGUCAAUUGACCAAGAUCUUGGUCUUUUGCAAGCUGUCGAUGAGAGACUCGCAGCAUAUGGCUGGCUUUCUACAACGGGGGUCAAAUUACUAGUUAUAGUUGACUUGAUCGGGCAGCCCAUCGUUGAUGAAGAUCCGAAAGGUUCAACUAAGUCGGGGUUAAGGGAAUUCGACCUAAAAGCAACAUCAAUCACUAAUGGCGCAUACCCUACAGGUUUUCCGAACUCUCCAAACCGCAUAUGUGCAGUUGCUACAGAAUCCGUUUUAUCGACCGGACGAGCAUACGGCCACAGCGAAAGCCGUGUCAUCAUACAGUUCGCAGAUCACAGAUCAGAGGUUCAUCAAUGA